AUGGUCGCCUCAAAUCGCCUGUCGCUUCCGACUUCUUUUGAUGAUGAAUCCGAUGGCGGAGAAAAUAUCAGCAAGAAAAGCGUUUCAAGAAAGCUAAUCCAUUGCCUCCUCGAGGUACUGUGCCUGAUUUGGGCGACAAUCAUUCUGUUGGCCGGUUCGCUGACGGGCGUCUUGUUGUGUGAGACGGUUUGGGGAAAAUAUCGACAUACGCCAUUUCUGGCCGACGUUUUGCCGCUGGUGAUCACUCAGCUUUUGAUGAAUCGAGGGGCUGUGAUCGUUAUUCACUCGAUAUCAGUCACCUGUAUGCUAAUACUCACCUGUACCAAGCAUUUAAAAUUCGAGCCACUUUGGAUCCCCCGUGCGGCACUCUACGUUGUUUUGGCCAAUUUCUUCCUCUCGGACCUCAUCUCCUUCAUUGCCCUCAUUUUUCAAAAG